AAUCUCCAGCCCAGUCCAGUCCAGUCCAGUCCAGUCCCGUCCCGUCCCCACCUCUCGAAAGGGUUUAGAAGCUUCCAGAAGGGCGAUGAGUUCCCCGGGAGCAGGCGCCGGCGGCCGCGGCAAGGCCAAGGCGACCAAGUCGGUGUCGCGGUCGUCCAAGGCCGGCCUCCAGUUCCCCGUCGGCCGCAUCGCGCGCUACCUCAAGGCCGGCAAGUACGCCGAGCGCGUCGGCGCCGGCGCCCCCGUCUACCUCUCCGCCGUCCUCGAGUACCUCGCCGCCGAGGUGCUGGAGCUGGCGGGGAACGCGGCGCGGGACAACAAGAAGACCCGGAUCGUGCCGCGGCACAUCCAGCUGGCGGUGCGCAACGACGAGGAGCUGAGCAAGCUGCUGGGCUCGGUGACGAUCGCCAACGGCGGCGUGAUGCCCAACAUCAACCAGGUGCUGCUGCCCAAGAAGGCCGGGGCCAAGGGGGAGAUCGGGUCCAUCUCCCAGGAGUUCUGAGCGCGCGCUGCUACAAGGCUAAAGGAGGGGCUGCCCUGUCACUCAUGUCUGGCUGACGACGAUGUUCAUCUGAAGUUUUUGGUUGGGUUGGGGUGUGUUUUGGGAGUCUGAAUCUCGUCAUGGAAAAAACCUUGGGUGUCUUCUGAGCUCUGCUCGCGGUUGAAUGAAUGAGUCGGUCGAUCAGUAGAAGAGAGGAAACAUAUACAUGUGGUUUCUUAUAUGCGAAAUGAUGUUUGGUUGUUUGGAUGAUUGAA